UAUGGAUUUAUUAGACACCUGAAGACCAACGGAGUGCAAUAUUUGGUGGACCUAUCAGGUGAAAGUAUGGUGACAUAAUUGAGACUAAGUUGCCUUAAGCUCGACUGGAUUAAUCUGGGAUCAGCAAUGAUGAAUAACACGAUUCAAUAUCGUUAAGAAGUUUUUUUUUCAAAUACUAUACCCGAACAAAAAAGUUUGAGUUAAUGUUAAUGAACAAAAUAAUGCCGGUAUUUUCGGAUUCGCGGUGUUUCCCUGGAACAAAAUAAUCAGUAUGUGUUGUUUUUGUUUCCAGAUGCAUAACAUGACCAUCCGUAUAGCAGUUAUAGUACUGACAGUAAUGAUGACAAACAUGGUCGAAGCGUUGAAAAACGGUGAUGUAUGUAUGUGUUCAACAGUGUCUACAAACGGUUCACCAACAGUAUCAACAACAUCUUCUUCAAUUAUAACGCCAUCAUCAAUGUUCGUACCAAACACAACAACCGCACCAAAAUCAACAGCCGCACAUAACACAACAACCGUACCAAUAUCAACAGCUGCACAUAAAACAACAACCAAACCAAAAUCGAGAGCCGCACAUAACACAACAACCGCAACAAUAUCAACAGCCGCACAAAACACAACAAACGCACCAAUAUCAAAAGCCGCACAAAACACAACAACCGCACCAAUUUCAACACCCGCAAAUAACACAACAACCGCACCAAUAUCAACAGCCGCACAUAACACAACAACCGCACCAAUAUCAACAGCCGCACAUAACACAACAACUACACCAAAAUCAACAGCCGCACAUAACACAACAACCGCACCAAAAUCAACAGCCGCACAAAACACAAUAACCGCACCAAUAUCAACAGCCCCACAUAACACAACAACCGCACCAAUAUCAACAGCCGCACAUAACACAACCACCGCACCAAUAUCAACAGCCGCACAUACCACAACAACCGCAACAAAAUCAACAGCCGCACAUAACACAACAACCGCACCAAUAUCAACAGCCGCACAAAACACAACAACCGCACCAAUAUCAACAGCCGCACAUAACACAACAACCGCACCAAUAUCAACAGCCGCACAUAACACAACAACUGCACCAAAAUCAACAGCCGCACAUAACACAACAACCGCACCAAAAUCAACAGCCGCACAAAACAAAAUAACCGCACCAAUAUCAACAGCCCCACAUAACACAACAACCGCACCAAUAUCAACAGCUUCACAUAACACAACAACCGCACCAAUAUCAACAGCCGCACAUAACACAACAACCGCACAAAUAUCAACAGCCGCACAAAACACAUCAACCGCACCAAUAUCAACAGCAGAACAAGACACAACAACCGCACCAAUAUCAACAGCCGCACAUAACACAACAACCGCAACAAUAUCAACAGCCGCAUAUAACACAAUAACCGCACCAUUAUCAACAGCCCUACAUAACACAACAACCGCACCAAUAUCAACAGCCACACAUUACACAACAACCGCACCAAUAUCAACAGCCGCAUAUAAUACAACAACCGCACUAAUAUCAACAGCCCCAUAUAACACAACAACCGCACCAAAAUCAACUGCCGCACAUAACACAACAACCGCACCAAUAUCAACAGCCGUACAUAACACAACAACCGCAACAAUAUCAACAGCCCCACAUAACACAACAACCGCACCAAAAUCAACCGCCGCACAUAACACAACAACCGCAACAAUAUCAACAGCCGCACAAAACACAACAACCGCACCAUUAUUAACAGCCGCACAUAACACAACAACCGCACCAAUAUUAACAGCCGCACAUAACACAACAACCACACCAAUAUCAACAGCCGCACAAAACCCAACAAUCGCACCGAUAGCAACACCCGCACAUAACACAACAACCGCACCAAUAUCAACACCCGCAUAUAACACAACAACCGCACCAAUAUCAACAGCCCCACAUAACACAACAACCGCACCAAUAUCAACAGCCGCACAUAACACAACAACCGCUCCGAUAUCAACAGCCGCUCUUGACACAACAACCGCACUAAAAUCAACAGACGCACAAAACACAACAACCGCACCAAUAUCAACAGCCGCACAUAACACAACAACAGCACCAAUAUCAACAACCGAACAUAACACAAUAAACGCACCAAUAGCAACAGCCGCACAUAACACAACAACCGCACAAAUAUCUACAGCCGCACAUAACACAACAACCGCAACACAAUCAACAGCCGCACAUAACACAACAACCGCACCAAUAUAAACAGCCGCACAAAACACAACAAGCGCACCAAUAUCAAAAGCCGCACAAAGCACAACAACCGCACCAAUAUCAACACCCGCACAUAACACAACAACCGCACCAAUAUCGACAGACGCACAUAAUACAACAACCGCA